GUCUGUGUACAGUCCGUUACGGAUUUCUUAGCCUUUACUUUGCAAAUAAUUUUUAACAACAUGACAGCUGUGCUUCUGAUAACUAAACACUAUCUACAGUUCCGUUGAAGGCAUUAGGAAGUCUCAGACAAACAGCUAAGAGUGUUUUGAUUUAGCCUUUAGGCAUUUAGGACCAAACUGUCACAUCAAACCGGACACAACCUAUACCUUGUAAAUUAUGUACAUGUAUAACCAAACACAAUGAGUACAGCAGCUGAAUUUGAAGAUAAAGUACCAUUUGAUGAAGGUAUCAAAUGUAUUAGGGAUGAUAAUUGUGCAGAAAAUUAUAUUGUUGUGGGACAUAUAGAAAAUGAUCCUAAUAGAUUAACUGUUUUAAAAGUCGGAGAGGAUGUAUCAGAUAUGCAAGAACUUUUUGAUGACACUCAGAUGAUGUAUGCUUUAGCCAGAUUUGAAAGCACGUUUGAUAUGUCAACAACGGUUAAAUUUGUUUAUUUUCAUUGGGUAGGAGAUAAAGUAUCAUAUGUAAAGAAAGGAAGGUUUGGUGUAGUUCAUGGAAGUGUAGAAGAAAAACUCAGUCCUUACCAUUUGUUUAUUGAGACAAGUAGUAAAGAAGACUUUGAUAAAGAUAAAAUAUUACAACAGUUAGAAGAAAAUACUGGUAAGAAAUCAAAAGUAAUAGAAACUGUUACAUCUGGUAUGCAACAAAGAGGCUUUACACAAACUCAGCUUCCAAAGAGAGGUCCUGCAGCUAAAAGUGGUCCAGGAAUUGCUACAGGUGGGGCAGAAAUACAGAUAGCCCCAGAAGUGCUUACUGCUGUCCAGGAUGUAAAAACAGAUGGUAAUGAAACCACAUGGAUGUUAGCUCAGUAUGAAGGUGGUGACCCUAAGUCUCCAUUGGUAUUAGAGUCUACAGGGACAGGAAACAUUGAUGAAAUGAAGACACACUUAUGUGAUGAUUCAGCAAUGUAUGGAUUAUAUAGGACUACAGAUAAAGUAGAUGAUAUUGUUACAGUCAAAUUUACAUAUAUUCAGUGGAUUGGUGGUAAAGUAAAACCUAUGAGGAAGGCCAAAGUAUCAACAAACAAAGGUGUAUUAGAGAAAACUUUUAGUCCUUACCAUGUUAGUUUGUUUGCUAGUGAACAAUCAGAUAUAUCUGAAAGAAUUGUAAUGGAUAAGAUAACUUCAGCAUCAGGAACCAGGUCUCAUGUAAAGUAACCAUAUACAAACAAACCAGUAAAGCAUUAGUUCAUUAUAGAGUGAAUAGUUUCUACAUGACAGUACAAAGCCAUGCUCCUGAGUUUAACCAUAACAAUGAUAAACCACAGAUACAGUUACUUUACCUAAAGAGAUCUUAUACUCUACUCAACCACCAAUUACAGAGUGAUCAAUGCAGUCAUAUUUCUUGCCAUGUUUUGUUACAAUAAUACUUGUAUAUAUACAAAGUGAAGGAAUGUUCUAGAAUUUAACACAUAUGGACAUGGGUCACAUUUUAUUAAGACCACAACUACCCAUAAUUCCUUUUUUUUUAUUUUAUAAUUCUUCUUAAAAUUCAUCCUGGAUCCUGUGAAUUUCCCAAUUAUAUGUUUUCCAAUUUAAAUUGUCUAUUUGCCAAUUACAUAAUUGACCCUGUAAUUAGAGAUUUAUUGUGCUAAUUGUUUUCCUUAGGAAUGACAUACAUUUUCGUUGACAAUGAAGAGCUAGCUAAAAGAGCAAAUUUAUAUGUGUGUAAUGUGUGUUUUCUAUAGGUUUUUCAAAUCUUUUAAUUACAUUUAAUCUUUUGUUUAGCUAAAAACUUUUGAUAUCAAUAGUUAUUUUUCAUUUAAAUUUAUUAAACUGUCUAUAUAUUACUGCCAACCUAUCAUUUUUUUACAUUGGCAGCAGCAAAGAGAAACAUGUUGUGUUAAAAGUGUGAAAUAACAAAAUCACAUCGGUAAUUGGUAAAAAGAUUAUUGGUACAUAUGUUAUCAGAUAGAAUAGUUGUAAGGUGAAUGCCAAGGCUUUUAUAAGAUCAUGCUUCAAGUUUCUUAUGCAUAGAUAUCAUCUGACUUCUGAAUUUCACUAUCAUUUUGUGUACUGUUAUAUUUAAUGCAAUAUAAAAAGUUUAGCUAUUUUUGAUUUGAUGACUACCACUGAAAAUUCCACAGUUGACAGUUAAAGUUAUUGGCAAUAAUUUUGUGCAAUCACGGUGACCUUUUCUGGGAUAUUUCAAUUGAUUUUUUUUGUUUUUCUUUACAUUUUAUAAGUAGUGGAUUAGAAAAGUGAUAACAGUAUGUAUGAAGAGUUGCCAUCAUCAAUUGGUGAAUUGAUUGUAACAUACAGAUUUCACUCCUUUGAUGUGAAACAAAAUUUUUCAGAUUUAGGCAGUUUUGCUCUAGAAAGCCAUUGAACUGCAUUUGCUAUUAUCAAAAUCGCAAUUGACAGCAACAACUCUUCAAACACAUUUUAUUCAUUAAGGAGCCUUUAUUUUUCAUUUCAUUCAUAAUUAUUGCAAAGAGUUAAGAAUCUCAGAUAUUUUUUAAUAUUGCUAAAUUUCUCAAAAAUUACAACAUUUUUGUCACUAGAGGUUAAGCUAUAAAAAAUCAAUCAAAGAAACUACUGCAUUAUUUUAGGUAUUAUGCAUUUAACGAGCAUCUUCAAGAUAGAGUGACAAUAAAAGUACACUAAAAUCAUAUGUAUUUUCAAAAGAGUCAUCAUAGAAUGUCUUGUGCAUCACUAAAAACUGAUAAAAGUCAUAUUUCAUACUGUGGAUUUUUAUUUUACAUUUACACUUCACUCAACUUUGAUAAACCUAGAACAAUUGUAAAUUGUAUAUUUCUCAUGAUCUUAUCAUACAUGUAAUGUGUGGAAUGGUAAAAAUUAUUUCAUUUAUUUUCUGAAGUGCAAGUUAAAAUAUGUAGUACAUGUUUUGUUAUCUUAAAGGGAUAUGGUCUACCAUUAAGAAAAAAGUGUUUACUUUCCAUUUUUAGUUCAAAUAUCAAAACAUCUAUUAAAAAGAAUAGACAUUUUAUCAAUGAAAUUUCAAAUACUGACCAUAUUUUUAGUAUAGAGAUAUUUUUUUCUGGAGUUUUUAUUUCAUAGCAUGACUUUUCUGAAUACAAAGUAUUUAGAAUUUGUUUUUUAACAAAAAGCUUGCAUUUUUCUUUGUUAAUAGCUUUUGAGAGGUAAUAUACCUGAUUUUACAAUUGAUGUGGCAGAACUAGUUGAAAUAUGUUUUUUUUUAACCAGAGAUAGGUGCAGAAAUUAGUUGUAAUCGAUACACAUUUGAUAAAUUCAAAGCUGACAAAAUGUAUUGAAGUUAUGGGUAUACAGAAAUUAUCCCCAUCAUUUAUAUCUGGCCUAAAACAAAAGUUGACAUGUAGAUUCUACCUUUGCUUUGAAUAUGAUGAAAUAUUUCUCAAGUAAAGACAGUAAAACCAUUUUGGAAUGCAAGACUUGCUAAGCAUACUAAAUAUUUGAAAUUUUUAACUGUUGAGAGUGGAGAAAUAUUUUGUCCAAUGAAAUGCAGGGUAGAAUCUGUCUCUCUUAUGAUUACAAGCUCACAACAGAGACAAUAAAAAACUAUAAUGACUACAAGGAUUUAUUCUUUUGUCAGCCAGAAUAAUUUGGCUCACUUGGUAUUUCACUGGGAUGGAAUCGGUAUCUAAGUCAAAACGUCCUUUAUUCAUUUUUGGUAUGCAAUUUUUAGUUAUUUUUAAAGAUAUUUUUUAAAGCAAGGGGACCAAUUUUAUUUUUCAAACAUUUUGUUGGUAUUUUAUUAAAAAAAUUGUUAUUUUUUACAAUGUUAUUUUUCAAAUGAUUGAUUGUUUUUAAAUAUAUAUUUUUAUGUGUUUUUAUACUGGAUGCUAGUUGCAUUUUAUGAUAUAUUUUUUGUAAUAUGAUCUGUUAUAUGCCAAAAAGUUUCUUGUCUUGUCUGGCAAAGUAUUUAAAUUGUUUUAUGUGAAGAUUUCUGUUGAAUUAAGGUAUAGAAGUACUAAAUAUAUGAUUCACAUAUGGCACACUCAAUCAAAUUUACAGUUGCAGUCAGGGCCAUACCUAUGUGUUAGUAAUUUUAUAACUUUUUAUGAUUUUUGUCUUUAACUGAUAUAAAAAAAUAUGAAAAAUAAACUGAUAACAACAGCAUUAAAGUGAAGGAAUCAAAAUGUAUUUUAAAGUAGUGAGUAACAUUAUGAAAUUAGUCUAUUUGAACAGGAAUUUCAAGUCUCUAAAGUCAUUUGAUAUUUAGUAAUAUCAAAUCAAAUAUAACUAGUCAUGUGAUAAUAGUUCCAUUGAACAUUCUUUUAAAUACUUUCAAAAGGAACUAGAAAUUGUGAAAUUGUAAAAAAUGUAUUAAUGUAUUAAUGUGUCUUUGGGUUUUGAUUUGAAAGUUAUAGACUCAGUGAAAUUUGGCCUCAUUAUUUUCUUAAUGAAACAAUGGUUGUUCCAUUGAGGCAUAAUAAGAUUCUCUUCUGCGAUAGUCCAAGAUUGCUCUGACAGCUUUUUUUUUAAAAUUUGCAUGGCCCUAAUCCUAAAAAAGGCGUUCAGAUGUUGGAAGAAUCUCAUACUAUUUCUGCACUAGAUUGACAUGCUUGUAAAAAGCCAAACUACAAUGCCUUUUUAACAUUUAAUAAGUGGAGAUGUUUUAUGAUUGCCAUUGAGAUUACUUUCCACUAAAAGACAAGGAUUUGAACAACUACUGGUCACCAUAACAAUAACAUUAAUAACAAUAACAACAAUAAUAAUAUAUUAUGGAAAUGAAGAUAAAUAUAUGAUAUUGUCAUCAUGUUUUCUGUGUAGAACCUACCAAUGAGCAAUACAGGAUCAUUUUUAAUAACCUUUGGUUCAGGUCAAAUCAUCGUAUCAACCUUUAACAUUUCAAAUAAAAAAAAGUGGCUCCUAAAAAGAUAAGUAACACAGUUUUUAUAAAGGCAGGAACAGGUAUUAACCAUUUGAUGAGUUUCACAAACAGUCAAAUCUCCUUAUUUUUAUAAUGCUGGAAAAAUUAUGCAUUUGUAAUUAAAAUAACGAAAGAAAAUUUUCCGUUUUACUUUUCCUAAAGAUGAAUGAGAAUCUACACUUGAUUAUUUACGUGGCCAUAUAAAUACUAGUCAAUUUUAGCAUGUAAAUUGUUUACAAUGAUAUUCGUCUUUAAAUAUUGUUUACAAUAUGUACUUUUAUUUAUACAGUUAUAUCUGUAGUAUGUAUGUGAUCUGAAUAAUAAAAAUUACAUGUUGAAA